CAUCUCUUCUUCUCUAUUUAUACCACUAUUGCCAUUUAUUCACACGUAGGAAAACAAUAAAUACUGCUCUGCUUCUUUGCUUUAUCUGUCUCAAAAAUGUCGAUAUUUUCCUUAAUCCUUUUAUAUUGUCCUGUGUUUCUGGGUUUUCUCAAUCUUCAAGCCCGUCAUGUAGCAACAUAAACCUAUUUGGUUCUACAUCCGGAAUUCAACAGACUAGCAAUUCCAGUGUGUUUGGAACAAUAACCUCAUCUCCUUUUGGAAGCUCAACAUCUUUUGGCGGUGAGGAUUGGCACAUAAUAUAGAUGCUACACUUAAUAAUGCCAAUUUCAUGAAAGGAGAGAUAUCAAAUUUACUAUUCUAGAGCAGCGAGGCAGCUUUGGAAUUGGUUGAAAAGCUAAAUCUGCUCGUUGUGAAAGUAGCUGUGCACAUUGAGCUGUACUCUUCUCCAAAAAUGUUAAAAGUAAUAACUGCAAUACCUCAGUAGGAUUUCUUAUGGACCACAUGUCUUUAAUGCAGCAACGAAUGCUACAUCUGGUCAAACACAAACGUAUCUAUGGGCUCGUCCACUUUACCGACAUUUGGAAAGAAAUAUGACGUUAAUAGUGUGGCCAAUGAACCUCUGUUGUGGUCCGGGGAUGGGGAUGUCAAUGUCUCAGACUCCCAUUCUUGGAUAUCAAAGAGCUCUCCUGCAUUUGGUGUUCCAAGCAACUCACACUUUGGCCCCCCCAAGAUUUGAUUCCUAUUCCUUUGGCCAACCAGCAGUAUCCAUGUCCGGGAGCAAAGGAACAUUAGCCUUUAAUGCAACAACGAAUGCUACAUCUGGUCAAACACAAAACGUAUCUGCGAGCUCGUCCACUUUAUCAACAUUUGGAAAGAAAUAUGACGUUAAUAGUGUGGCCAAUGAACCUCUGGUGUGGUCCAGGGAUGUCAAUGCCUCAGACUCCAUACUUGGAUAUCCAAGAGCUCCUGAAUUUGGUAUUUCAAGCAACUCACACUUUGGCACCUCAAGAUCUGAUUCCUACUCCUUUGGCCAACCAGCAAAAAAGAAAGUACACCACCUUUUCUCAAGAGCUCUGGUUUUGGAAACUCAGCAUUUGGCAUCAUAUAUUGCAACUCCAGAGAACUAUAUCCCAGGAAGUGGUGGAAAAAUUCAAUCCAUUUGUGGAAUGCAGACUUAUAAAGAUAAAAGCCAGGAGGAGUUGAGGUUUGAGGACUACCAGUUAGGUGAUAAAGUUACCUUUUACAAGCCCUUCUCCUUUGUUGAUUCCACUGAUAUAGUUUUGAUGAUCAUUGGAACUAUUGCAACUAUCGGCAAUGGAUUGUCCCUGCCCAAUAUGACAGUUCUUUUUGGAGAAUGGACCGACUCCUUCGGACAAAAUCAAAAUAACAAAGAUGCGCUUGGGGUUUCAUUGAAAUUUGUUUACUUAGCUUUGGGAUGUGGGGCAGCUGCAUUUCUUUGCUUCUCAAAUAAGGAGUCUCUAUCUGAAACUAUUUAGCAGCAAGAAUUAGCUUUCUGUGACAAGGAAACCAAUAUGGGAGAGGUGGUGGGGCGGAUGUAUGGUGACACUAUUCUUAUACAAGACGCAAUGGGCGAGAAUUGCACUAGAACAAAGAUUCUAGUGCAAUCGUGGAGGGGAAGGUAAAUUUGCACUUCCAUGAAUAAAUGUAACUUCUAAAUUGCAAUUAAAUGUGCUCAAUCAAUAUGAAAUGACUACAUUCAUCUACUUUUAUGUCUAGACACUUAUAUUGUUCAAAUUCCACGCCCACAUUCAUGUCGAUAUUCGAUUCGGAUGCAGAUUUAGAGGUCGGAUUGUUCAUCACAAAAAUUUAAGACUGAAAAGUAAGGAUUGAGUGCACGAGUGCUGGGAUAGGACAAAUAAAUGUAUAUUAUGACAUAAAUAGUAUUCUCAUGAAACCAAAAUACAAAUGGCGCAUGUUCGACGUUUCUUUGUUGGAAAUUGUUACUGAAACUCACUGGAGGCCAAAUGAAUAUCGUAAGGUUUUGAAGGACGGCAAAUAUUUGUACCUUGAAAUUGAUGAUUGUAGACAAGAUGUUGGCACAACAGCCCAAAGAGGGUCUUGCAUUCUCUGAAAAGAGCCUCUGCUAAGAAUCGCCCUUGUGCAUCCCAGUGUCUCCUUCAAAAUUGUUGGUAUUUAAAGUGAGGAUGACCUGCUUUGCACACGUGCUUCUCCUUCCCCAUUGCAGCUGUUGUCCAGUGGGUUUCGGAUUCAUCUGAGUUCCCUUAAUAAAUCGAAUGCAAGCGAUGGUUCAUUCAAGCUCCCAGGAUACAUCUCAGGUCCUGAUGUUUACACAGUGAAGGGAGUUGAGGAGCAUUAAACGAAUGCCUGAGGCUAUUUGGAGUUCAAUUUGGUCGGGGGUUGUUAUCCUGUAUGAUUUCACAAGGGUUUUUGAGGAGUUUGUUUUCAACCGCCUCAAUGCUGGUGCCACCAAGGAUCUGGUGUCUCACGAGAUGGACUGGUGCUGAUGGGAGAAAGAUAUGGUAAUCUUUUCGCAAAAUGUUGGACUAACAUAAUCUUUUCUAUUGUAUUGAUGAUGCUGUACGUAUUUAUUAUGCCGGACAACUAUGAUGUUCAUAACUUGGAAGGGUUGUUAUUGUCUAUAGGAUUGCAUGCAUUACUCAACUGAUACGUUGUUUGAUGGUUUGUGUUCAUUAGUAUCUUUUUACAAAUGUUCUUGUAUUUAUAGUUUUGCGGUUUUAAUUGUAGUUGGGUAAAUUUGUAUGGCUGUACACAACACAAUAUUGAUACUUACAUGUUGGUUUUGCUUUUAUUGUUAGAUGUUCAUGUACAUCGAUUUUCUGGUG